AUGGCUUUGGCAGAAACAUUAAGACGUUAUCCAGGUGCUGAAAGAUCACAAACACAACAACGAGAAGAAAAUCUAAUUCCAAAAGUGCAACAACCUGAAAAGCCAGAAGAACCAAGUUCAAAACCACAUCUUUUGAAAAGAAGUGGUUCAAUAGGUGAUUUAGUUGAAAAAGAACAACAAAGAGUACGUUUAAGAAGAAGUUUAUCGCAACCUACAACAAGUUCGCAAACAUCAACAACAGCUGGAGGAGUUAAACCAAGCGAAGAAAGUAGGCAAGAAUUAGAGCAGAGAGAAAAGGCAGCUCGAUUAAAGGCGGAAUUGGAAAAGAAGAAAGAAGUUGAGAUUCCAAAAGAUCAAAUGACAACAAUAAAAGAAAUAUUAAAGUGUUUGGAAGAGAUGAUAAAAAACCUUAAAAUACUUAAAUCGUUCUCAUUCCAAAACCAAAACUUUUUUACAUCGCAAUUUUGGGCUUCAGCGGGUAUGAUGGAAAUGCACAUUGACGACGUGAGACAUUUAUUGAUACUUGUUGAGAAGAGGGCUCAUAUUAAUAAAGAAAUGAUGGAAGAAUGGAUGGUAAACAUGGCCAAAUAUUUCGAUUUUCAAAAUUUGAAAGCUGGGUUUGGAAAUUACUUCUUUUAUAUAACAAGAAAUGUAGAAAACAUUCAAAAACGAUAUUCGGGCGAUGAAAACACAUUGAAAAGAAUAAUGAAAGUGUUGUUACUUGAUGAUAAUUGCAUUGAACAUCUUUUAAAUCUUGUUGAUAAUUUGGCAAAUUUGCUUCAAGUGAACAACGAUGAUGCGUUUGUCAAAGGAAGACAUCAAUUAGUUGAACUAUUAAAACGAAUUAAAGCUGAAAAAACACUUAUGUCAAAAUCGCCUUCUGGUAGUCAAAGCGAUGUUUCAUCAACAGGAACUAAAAGGUCUCCAACAACAGAGAGAAAAUGA